CUCCUUUGCAGGGAAUCUGAAGAUGCUGAGUCUCGGAAAGGAUGCGACGUUCACGGCGAAGCGGUGUCGUUAUACUGUCAAGACUGUGAGGCCGCGGUGUGCCCCACGUGUCUGGUGGAGGAACACAACGGACACACCAUGGCCAAACUGUCGGAGGUAGCGGAACAGAAACGUGCCAAGAUGAAGGCCUCCUUAAGCAGCAUACAGGAGGAAUGUCAGGAGUGGAAAGCCUCAGGGGAAAAGUACUGGGGUGAGAUUCAGGCAGGCCUGACUGCAGAGAAAGACCACGCAGCAAGGGACAUCAAUGCAGCAGCCAGGAGGAUAAUCGAGCAGGUGACCCAUGACAAGGAGGCGAGACUGCGUGAGCUGCACACGACGUUCACGUCCCUCUCCGACGCGGUGGAGAAAAAGAAGCAACAGUUCCUCAACUCUUCCAAACAGCGCGAAAAGACUCUGGACAGCAUCGCGGACGACAUCUCCAAGGGCCAUGUGGUCGACCUGGUCCGUCAAGAGGACGAGGUCUAUAGCAAAAUCACCCAACAGAAGAGGGAGGGCUUCCCCACGCUCCCGUGGAGUAACCCCAAACCCUCCAUCCGGUUCCAGCCCUUCCCUCCCCACCCGAACACGACCAUGGUGGGUUACCUCUUCUCCAUGAACCCCUGGUUGCAGAAUCAGCAGCCGUUCGACUACAGCCAGCACCAUCAACACCAGCCGAGGUUCCCGGGCGCCGGCCCGCUGAACGUCUCGUCCGCGAAUGUCCUCCCGGUCGCCGGCCCGUCGUUCGCCGACCCUUUCUCAGGUUCACAGUCGUUGUUCUACUCAGGGCAGCCCCCGCCGCAUCCGCCGCACCAGUUCCACACGUUCCAGGAGCAGUUUUCGGGCGCCAGCGGGUCCAGGUCAGCCUUCGUGCAAUACCCGACAACACAGUCCCACUGAUCAAUGUAGAUUAAUAACGUUAACACUGGUCACUUUUGAUUUGGAAAGUCAAUGAAAAUUAGCCUGGGUACCAUCCUAUUUCUACCAAGGCUCCUUACACUCAGUUCCCUAAAAAAAUAGGGAAGUGAGUGUAAGGAGCCCCGGUAGAAAUAGGAUGGUACCCAGGC